CAAAAAUGUAAACAUCCGGUGAGCUGAUAAAUACACCGGUGAACGUGGAAUGCAAAUUAAAGUCAAGAUUUAGGAAUGAUCUUUGGUUAACACAGUUAAUUAUAUUUACAAGAUGGAGCCGUUAUCAUCCCGGAAGAGAAUUCAAGCUAUUGCAAGCAAGGAAAAACGUGAGCUGGUUGAGAGAUGUUUAUCCCCGGAAAUAUUUGACAGCGCCAAACUUGAGCGUAUGAUCAAAACUUUUGAGGACGAGAUUAAAUUAGCUAACAGUACUGAUGGAAACCUAAGAAAAAAGACAGAUUUGUUCUGGGAAAAUACAUUUGUAAGAAGGCUGCUAGAUGGAACAGAAAAUGGAACAUAUCUUGGCCUGGAUUUAGGCGGAACUAACUUCCGGGUUGUAAGGGUAGAUAUGAAGAAUGGUAAAGCCGAGACACAGACCAAAUACUACAACCUUGACAAAACCUUGCUGUCUGGACCGAGCUCAGUUAUGUUUGAUUAUAUUGCAAAUUGUCUGUCUGGAUUUCUGUCUGACGGAACCUUCCCAAAGGAUGCUCCAAUUCCUUUAGGAUUCACAUUUUCAUUCCCUUCUCAACAGAAGAGUUUGAAGCACAGUACAUUGUCCACGUGGACGAAGAGUAUAACAUGCACUGACGGACCAGGUCUUGAUUCUGUUGUACUUCUUGAAGAAGCUAUAGAAAGACGAGGGAGUCUGCCAGUACCAGUUGACGUUUUAGCAAGGAUAAGUGAUACAACGGGAACACUUUUGGCGGGAAAUUUAGUUGACGAUAAAUGUAGAAUAGGUCUUAUUAUAGGUACAGGGUCAAACGCAGCUUUUGUAGAAUAUAAAGAUAAUAUAGAAAAAUGGGAUUCUUGUUACAAGGACGAUGAUCCGUCAGAUAUAGUGGUGAUAAACUGUGAGUUUGGAGCAUUUGGUGACAACGGUUGUUUAGAUUUUAUGAAGACAGAGUUCGAUCAUGAAUUGGAUAAAUAUUCAAACCAUCCAUCUUCUUACACGUUUGAGAAGCUUUAUGCGGGACAUUAUCUCGGUGAGCUAGUUAGACUUGUACUUGUGAAACUAACGUCUGCGGGUGUGUUAUAUGGCGGGAAAGGCUCGGACAGCUUAAUGACACGGUGGAAUCUUACCACCAGCCAUGUCACUGCAAUAGAACGUGAUACCGACGCCGACACUUCUAACACUGUAUCUGUUUUGAAAGAGAUGAACCUGAUGGAUGUUUGUUCUGAUGAAGAUAUUUCGCUAACCCGAGAAGUUUGUGAGUUGGUUUCAAAAAGAGGAGCUUAUAUUGUUGCAACAGCAAUGGUUGUACUACUAAAUCAUAUAAACUUACCGGAAGUGACGAUAGCUAUAGACGGGUCACUCUACGAACAUCAUCCGAAAUAUCACCAACAUAUGAUGGAUGUUAUUAAAAAAUGGAGGCCUCAGACCAAGACAACCAUAAAACUUGUAAAGGAUGGUAGUGGACAAGGGGGUGCCCUGGUCGCAGCAAUUGCACGGAAAUCACAUGCUCGUUAGGAACACAAUAAGAAUGAAAUUUCACUUUUAGAAAUACUUUAAUUAGAUUUGUUUGGAUUAUAAUCAACUACGCAAUGGUUAACCUUUAUUCAUUUUGUUUAAUGACAUUAAAACUAAACGAUUCUUUGUAUACAUAUAUAUAUAUAUUCGAGAUUGUUUUAAUUAAAAGUAUUAAAGGUUAAAUAAAUGUUUAUUACUUUUUAUUGCCCACAUGUUCUUAUUGUUUCGAAGACUACCGAGGAACGUAUUUGAUAUGAGUGUUGAUGGUAAAUGGAAUAAAUAAAAAAGAUUUAUCUGUCAACAUAGAGUUACGCCUUGGCUUAGGGAGGAUAGAUGUUAACGUGUCUGCCUGUCCACCCAGGGAUCUUUGGUUCAAGCUUGAUUGGCUCAUAAGCAUUUCCUCAAUGUGCCACCAGCACUGAAGUUGUGAUUGCGCCAGACAGAGAGUGGUUUGAAUAAGUUGAAAGUAUUCUUCACAAUGGAGCGAAAAUAAAAUAUUGAUAUUGCUUUAAACAAAACCAUGAAUUAAUAUACAUAACAUAGCUGUGUCAGUAAAGUUCUGUAUGUGGGACUGUAUGUUUGUACUUCAAUAAACUAUGAACCAAUGUUGAAGUUUUCAUUUACAUUUUAUUUCCAAUGUCAAAAAUGGUGUUGACAUGUUAAACAAUACUGACAUUGAGAUGAAGAAUCUGUUUUUGAGCUUUGUAAAAGUUCUAAUGAUUUUAUUUGCAACCCAAUCACAAUGACACUUUUCACAUGUAUUUAACAAGAGACUAACACACACUACAA